AGCACACACGUUAUCAGAUACGAGCGGGGAAAUUGCCUUCAGAGGACAACAAUAUAUCGUGCUGAUACAAUGUCGGUGCCAAACACUAACAAAAUGAAGUUUUUGAAGACGGAAUUGGAGUACAAUAUGAAGUCCAUACGAUUUCUAUUGUUGACCAUCACGGCUAUGUUUAUUGUAAUCGCAGGGCUGAUGAUAGUUUUAGGUUUCUCCGUGUACGGCCAUUUCCACAACUUCUCCUUUUUCUUCGAGAGCGCUAAGAGUGGCCGGUUCUUUACGCCUUCAGUGCUCAGUAUUAUUCUGGGCAUGGUGCUUCUUAUCGUCACACUGGUAGGAUUCUUCGGCAGUUUGAAGCAGAGCACAUGCAUGGUUAAUUUGUACGCAUUCCUGUUAAGCAUCAUCCUGCUGCUGAAGUUGAUCGUGGUGAUCCUGGCGUUUGCGCUGGACGCCCAGACGCUGUACAGCUACGUGUCGGUUCCCGUGUGGGACUACACCACCGACCCCGAGAUACAGGCCGAAAUUGACCAGCUGCAGCGCUGUUUGAGCUGCUGCGGCAGCGACUCCUACUUGGACUACGUGGGCAUGGAGUUCACAGCCAACCAGUCCACGGUGGUCGUAUCCACCCAGGUGGACGGUGACCACGUGACGGUGGUCGUCCCGGAAUCCUGCUGCAUGACCGUCGGCGAGGUGUACUGUAAUAAGAUGAGAGCCGUGGGCUGCAAGUCUGCGGUUAUUUCGCUGGUGGUGCAAAACGCGAGUGUUAUCGGCGUGCUGGGAGUGUCGGUGAUGUUUAUCCAGUUGCUCGGCAUCAUAUUCGCUCUGCUGCUGGCGCGUUGCAUCAGGAAACUAAAGAGUCAACGCGGGUUAAUGGCGUGGACUAUCAAGGAACAGAUGGUGAUGGCGCGGGAAGCCGCCAAGGCCAAGACGCCAGACGACAAAGUCUACAUCGCGCCGACUGAAUCUAGCACUGCAUAACUCUGGUGCUAUUAGGUGGAGCUACAUUAGGCGCAACUAUAAUGCUGUGUAGAGAUGCGGCACGACUCACGAGGUGACCAAACAUUCUUUGAAAAUUGAAUGUAUGCUGUACAGUGUACUACGGCAGAAAACUAUGCGACAACUCUCCAAUAUUAGAAUAUGAAGUGUCGCGUCGCCGCAGCAGUGUAGUUACGCCUAGUGCGGUCUCACUUUAAUUGGUGUCUUUAAAGGUUUACAAUAAUAUACAGUACUUUUCAACAAGACCGCCUGAAUCAG